AUGAAUACUUCUAUAUCCAAGCCGGCCGUAUCGCCUACAGGCCCCUCUGGCACUUUUAUGGUCGAGUUGCUGAUCUACAACGGGUCGCCUUUCAAAAAUCACUGGGCGUACUUUGUUCGGUCGCACGAAGACCCUGAUAUCGGCGUGAAGAUACACGCGACCGGCAAUGUGAGAAGUGGCUUCGAGUUUGAAAUUAAGCGCAGUGAAAACCUGCAAAUCACCGACGACAUUCCGUCGACAAGGGUCCCGCUGCAAUGGGUGGACGCAGAUUACUUUGAUGAGAAGGCGAUGCUUAACGAUGGAGAAUACAAAAUCGACAAUGCACCUGUCUGUCUCUUUGAGAAGAGUGCUUACGAGGUCAAAGCUCCAGGAAAGACUCUGAACUCAAUCAGUGACGGGCCCAAACCAGGUAGGAAAGUUAUUCAAAGGGAUUGCCAGACAUGGAUUGUCGAGUCUGCGGAUCAACUUCACCGUGACAACAUUUUGAGCAUUGAGGUUGUCACUUAUCUUCACGCAAUUAAACAGUGA